AUGGCUUCAUUUAACGAAUAUGCCUUUUUAGCGUUUCAAACAUUUGAUGAAAUUAUAUAUGAAUAUUUACAAUCCUUAAGUGAGAAAAAGAGAUCAAAAGCAUUAAUUACAGAGAACAUGGCUAAUGAAUAUUUGCAGAUUUUAAAUAAUCCUAAAAAUACUUCUAUUGCAAAUCCUAAUAUAUGCCACCAAGUUAAAAGUAACUAUUCAUCUCAAAGAAUCGGUGAAAUUGUGAUAUUAAUGUAUAAAGAAAAAUCAUCAAAUAAUUGGAAACCUGUAGCUUUAAAAGAGAGAUUAUACUACAUUAUUGCAGAGAAACAUUUGGCUAUUGGACACGGAGGUGCUAGAGCUACCUAUGCAGAAGUAUCAAAUAAAUACCAUGGUAUAAAAAGAUAUCGUCAAAAUGAAAAUGAGGAUUUAUGCUGGACAGUUGGUUUGGCAACUAUAGUUUAUUCAAUGAAUUUAUCCAUAUGUCGUGCUACUAAUAAAAGGCCAUUUGAGUUGGUUUUUGGUCACGAACCUCGUGGUCAUUGUGUUCUUAUUGAUCAGCUUUGGUCUCAAGGAAUUCGGUACGAAGAAAAUAUUCCUGACGACGUUCAAAUUGAUGAUGAUGAUAUUCAGUUUGAUGUUAAUGAAGAUAACGUCCAAACCGAAUAUUACGAUGAUGAAUUUAAUGAAAAUAUGAUUCAUAAUCUGUCACAAAGCGAAAAUAAUAAUAGAGAUAACAUGUCUUUCAUAAUGGUAAUGUUGGAAAUUACUGAGAAUGAAAUAUAUAUUUUGGGUUGCCAAUAUGGAAGGUUAAAUGAGCAUUAUUCAGCCAUUGAAUUGGUUUCUGUUACUGGAACUUUUAGAGAAUAUCCAGAGCUUGUAGUUAUUUCUGAACCCUGUGUAAGUGCCCAUGAAGCUGCAAUACAGCAAAGCUCUGG